CAUCAUGGCGCCCAUUCUUUCUGCCAUGACUCGCUUGUCAGCGGUCAUUUCUUCUGUGAUUCUCCUUUCUACUGACACGGUCCUUGGUACUACCACUCGCGAGAAGACUCUUACUGGAACCUACGACUAUAUCAUCGUUGGCGGCGGUGUAUCAGGCUUGGUCGUCGCGAACAGACUUUCAGAAAAAUCGCAGACGUUACUUACCAUGACCAGANNAUCUGUUCUUGUCCUCGAGUAUGGUUACAAUGACAACUCAACCAACACUCUCUGGCCUUAUUAUGGUACCGCAUAUAAUGAUCCUGACAUGUUCGAGAUCAACUCCGCCCCUCAGAAAGAUCUCCAGAACCAGACCUUUGUGGCCUACGCAGGCAAAGUUCUCGGAGGUGGUUCCAUCGUGAAUGGUAUGGGUUACGACCGUGGUACUCAACCCGAUUACGAUGCUUGGGGCCUGCUCGGCAACGAUGGCUGGAAUUGGAGCAACUUGCUUACCUAUUUCAAGAAGAGUAGCACUUUCACUCCCAACAAGAAGGACACUCUCGACAAGUAUAACUACACUUACGAUCUAUCGGCUUAUGGCAGUGGACCUGUCCAAGUCUCUUUGCCUGAGUGGCAGUAUCCCGAGAUGCCUGCCUUCUGGGAUGCCAUGGAUGAGAUGAAGAUAAACAAGGUGCAAGAGGGCGCUCUCGGCAGGCCUGGACAUUUCUGGGUCCCUGCCAGUACCGAUCCGAAGUAUCAGACCAGAUCCUCAGCCCGUACUGCUUACUACGAUCCCAUUGCUUCUCGUCCAAACCUCAAGGUCGUUACUGGGGUUCAGGUUCAGGAGAUCGUCUUCGCUACUCUAACCGCCAAAGGUGUCAAGCUGCUUGACAGAGACACCGGUAAGACAUACACUGCUUACGCCGACAUGGAGCUCAUCCUUGCCGCUGGCGCUAUCCACACUCCUCAGAUCCUGCAGCUCAGUGGUGUAGGUCCUGCUAGCGUGCUCAAGCAGGCAGGCAUCAAGGUCAAGGUGGACCUUCCUGGUGUUGGCAACAACUUCCAGGACCAUCCCGCAGCGUACUUGAUGUGGUCCUUCAACAACGACACAACUCCCAACACAAACUCUUUGACCAAUAAUGCGACUUUCAACGCGACUGCUUACGAUGAGUACGUUGCUAACAAGACUGGCCCUUACACACAGGCUCAUGGAAACGGUGCUGCAUUCCUGCCUCUCUCCAAGAUUGCUCCGGAUACUUACAAAACGAUCGCAAACAAGCUCGCUUCCCAAAAAGCCGCCGCCUAUCUUCCUGACAUGUACUCCGAUUACCCCGAACUCCUUGCUGGUUACGAAGCACAACGCACGAUACAGGUUGAGCAGUUCGGCUCUGAUAAUGCCUCGAUGUAUGAAUUCUCUUUCCAGGGUGGUGGUUUUGCUAUUACUGCUCUUCAAAAGCCUACUAGCCGUGGAACUGUUUACCUCGAUCCCAAGAACCCUUACGGCGAGCCGAUCAUCGAUUAUCACGGUCUCCAGAAUCCUGUUGACAUCGACCUUCUGCUGGCAAGCAUUCGGUACACUCGUCAGAUCUACAACACUUCUGCUCUCUCCGUCUUUGAGCCUGUCGAGCUCACCCCUGGCGUCAAGUACCAGACCGAUGAUGAGCUCAAGUCUCAAAUUGCAUCUGGUCUUGUUCUGCCCACUUUUGCUCAUCCUGCUAGCUCGUGUGCUAUGAUGCCAAGAAACUUGGGUGGUGUGGUGGACUCUGGCCUCCAAGUUUAUGGUAUCAAGAAGGUUACCAUUGUCGACGCUUCGAUCAUGCCUCUCAUUCCUGGUACUCAUCUUCAAGCGACUGUCUAUGCUGUUGCUGAGAAGGCUGCCGACAUUAUCAAGGCUAGACACGGCGCUUUG